UUUCCCGUUUCUGUUUUUAUGACGUUAAGGCGGUAGUGUGUUUUUGAAGUAUAUUGCUGUGAAUUGUUUCAUCAAAACAUCUUUUGCAAAAUUUACAUUUACCUUAAAACAUACGAGAUGGAAGCUGAAGGUCCGGAUGAUCGCCCUGAGAGCCCAAAGAAAAAAAUAAGACCUUCCUCUACGACCAACUCCGAAAUGUUAAAUUCUGACAACCACGAUUCAACAGAUUCAGUUGAGGCGUCAAGUAAUCACAGCGCUGAAAUGAACGGUUUAGCACCUACGAGAAGAGGAAGGGAAGCUGAAGCCAGAGAAAAUGUCAGUGAGGCUUCACAUGAUCAAGGAAGUAUUCAAGAAGAAGUUGUUUCCAGCUCAGAAAAUGCUGUGCAAGGCAAAAAGCAACCUCCUACGGAGAGUGAUGGAGAUGCUGAUUCACUCACAAAUGAAGCAGAAGACCUAAACAGCCAUGAGGCAGCAAGUAUUAAUGCAUCAUGUGAUACUGAAGCUGAAAAACAUGAGCUAUAAAGAGAGUUUAUAUCACAUCUCAAUAUUUUUGAGAAAUAGAUUUUUCAUCUCUUUAAAAAAGGUUGCAUUUUGAAUUAUACAUUUAGAGUUUUGAAAAGUCUGAAUUUGAAAAGGGAAAUUUUGUUUCUAUUUUUUUAUAUAUAAAAGAACAUUUUUUAUCUAUAUAUAUAUAUAUUUAAUCAUUUUUAUCAUUUCAUAUGUGGAGGCUGACUAUAAUGGAAUUUUUAUUUCCAUUUUUUAUGCUCAUGUUAUUAUUAGAAAUUUAAUAUAGAGAAUUUUUAGAUAAUUCUGUUUAACAGGAUAGAGAAAAACGCAACACUGAAAUUAUUUCUUAAUAUCUUGUAUGAAAAAGAUAUAAUAGAUUAUCAAAAAUUUAUAGAUUUUAACAUUCUUUUAAUAAUAAUGUAUUUAUAUUUCACUAACCUUCAAGGUACUUAUUUUUCAUCUGAAGUACUGCUGUAAAUUUUGAAUAGUUAAGAAAAAUAUCAACAAAAAAAAAAUUAAACAUUAAUAUAAAGGAAACUUUCCUUGAUCUUAAGUAAGUUUUAUUUAUAGUUUUUGUAUCCAUUUGUGCAUAUGUAUUUUUAUCCUAAUGUUAUCUUAAUUAUUUUUAUCGAAAUGCUUCAAAUCCUACCCAUAAUUGGAAUAUUAAAUUUUAAUUGCAAAUAACUUAGUAAAAAUAACUGAUACAAAAUUCUAUCUAUUUAAGAGUUUAUAAUCAGAAGUUUAAUAUCAACAAGUGCCAGCAUGAUGUGGAGGACUUGUUGACAUCUACAGAAAUUUUGCAUAACAAAAAACUGUCCAAAAACAGAUUAGCUACACAUCAAAAUGCUUGCUAAAUGGAUGAUCAUUGGUGCAUAGGGAACCACAUUUAUUCAUAAGCAAAAUUCGAUAAAUUUUUAAUGUAUUAUAAAAUAAUAAUUACUUUUUUUUUAAAGCAACUUGAAAGUCUUUCUUAAUCAGAUAAUGAACUUAAUAAGAAAAUUUUAAAAAGUAUAUUCAUGAUUUUAGUAUCAAAGAAUUAUGAUAUUUGUGUUAUUGAAAAAUUUUAUACUACUAUGAUAGAAAUAAUGAAGAAUAAUCAUUAAUUCAAUUCUGUAUUUACUAUUUUUUUAUGGUUGAUAACUUAUAGUUCAAAUUAGCUAUCAUUUAAUCAUGGAUAGUAAUAUAAAGUGACAUCUGAAAUUUUCAGUUGGAUAAAAAUAAAAAAUUAUAAAUUUUGCAAUAAAAUUAAGUUGUAAACAAAAUGAAUGUUGGCACUUUUUGAUCAACUAAAGCAUGCUUCUGGUUCUUUAGUUUCGUUAAUUAUUAAAUAUUGAAUUUACAUUUAACAGUUUAUUUGGUUAUGAAAAUGUUCUUAGAAAAUUAAAUUAUAAGUUAUAAUGCUCGUCUCAGAAAAUUUAGAAAAAAGAUUAAUUAAGCUUCUUGUAUGAAUUUGAUGUUCACUAAUGUGUUCUUAAUUCGAUUGUAAAUAUUUUUCUUACUUAUUCAUUGAUUUUAUUUGCCGAAUGAGGCGAUCUACUUAUGAACUCGAGCUUGUUUAAUAUGUGGUAAUGUAUUUCGACUUUCUUUAAUGAGGUGGUAAGUCUUGUGAUCAUUUCAUUUCUAGCUAAGAUCUGAUAUUUAUAAUUUUUAUCAUGAUUUGCAUUUUGUGAAAGACUUGCUUAUAUACAAAGAUGCCAUAUUGAUAUAAAUGUAUUAAUGAGAAAAAUGUCUCUAAAUACAUAUUAAUCAUCUGCUUUGAAUGAGAGAACAUUGCAAACUGUUGAGCAUUAGUUCUGAUUGUUAUCAUGAAAAUGCAUCAAUUAUAUUAAAGUUGAUUGAUUUUUAAA